AUGUCGAUGCGUGCGGUGCUCAUUCGGGAUGGCCAGGGGCCUGUAGAGAAUCUUUACCUCGGUGAGGUACCCAAACCCUCCCCGGGUGCGGGUCAAGUGCUCGUGAAGAUCAGAGCGUUCGGUCUCAAUCGCAUGGACAUCAGCCAGCGUGAGGGAAAGUACCCGCCGCCGAAGGGAGCAUCUAUGAUCCUCGGUGUAGAAUUCUCUGGACAUAUCGUGGGGCUUGGAAAAGAUGUGAUGGAAUGGAAAGAGGGCGACGAGGUGCUCGGGCUUGCUGGUGGGGGAGCAUACGCGGAGUAUAUCGUCGUUCAGCAGACGCACAUUGCGAAGAAACCAAACCACCUUUCAUGGGCAGAAGCAGCCAGCAUUCCGGAAAACUUCCUCACUGCGUUCCAAGCUCUAGUGUUGGUCGCAGAGUUACAUAGCAAAGACGAUGUGUUAAUACAUGCCGGUGCUUCAGGCGUGGGCGUUGCUGCAAUCCAGCUGUCACGCUUCUUUGGCGCCACCACCGUGACGGCGACGGCGUCAACAAAGGAGAAAUUGGACUGGCUCUUAUCUCUGCCUGCCGGCGCCACGCACGUAGCGAACUACAAGACACAGGAUUUUGCCGAAAUUGCGAAGACCGUCACUGCGGGGAAAGGCGUGGAUGUCAUCGUUGACAUGGUGGGACAAAGUCAUUGGUCGCGUAAUAUUGAGGCACUUGCCACCGACGGGCGCAUGACGUUAUUGGCUAUGCUGAGUGGACCUGUGGUUGAGCAAGCCAACCUCGGACCGAUUCUGUACAAGCGCUUGAAAAUACAGGGCUCUACGCUUCGCUCCCGCUCAAGCGCUUACCAGGCAGAUCUCAUCACUAGAUUUAAACGCGAGGUUCUUGAUCACAUCACGGGCAGCCAAGACAGGGGGGCCAUCAGGACAUAUAUUCACAGGGUGUACCCAUGGACUGCCAUCCAAGAGGCUACCAAAGAGAUGGAAGCCGAUAAGAAUAGUGGCAAGAUAAUCGUCGAGGUCGUCUAG